AGAUUUUUUCUGCUAAAUAGAUGAUUUUAUAAACAAGGUUGAUAGUGAACAGACAUCGAUUAAAAAUGCGUUGGCGGAUACUGUUGCUUCCUUGAAAUCAGAGAUUGCUUCUUGCCUUAAGGAAAUGAAGAGUGAAAUUGUGGAUUGCAAUAAGCUAAUAAACAAUGUCGAGAUAUCAACUUCCAACAAAAUUACAGCGUUAGAGGAGGAAAAUAAUUGUCUGCAUAGAAGACUUAACCGUACUAACAUUAUAGUUACUGGUUUGCCUGCCGGUAUAGAUGAUCUGAUGCCUGUUAUUAUGAAAUUAGGAACAAUAUUUGAUGUUCCAAUUUGCACAUAUGACUUACAAUAUAUUUGCUAUAUGAAUAACAGGAAGUCUAUUUUGGUGAAAUUCAAUAGUAUCUUUGUUCGGGAUAAAAUAAUGAGUCAAUAUUUUAAAACUCGGUCUUUGAAGGUUCGUGAUUUUGUGGAUGGAGAUGUUGAUUUAAGAGUCUAUUUGAAUGACCACUACUCUCCUGCUGCUAGCAGACUUAAUAUGAUUUGCAAAAAGCUGCUUCGUAAAGACCUAAUUAAAAAGUUCCGAAUAAUGAAUAGUGACAGAUUGAGAGUUAAAUUAACAUUACCGGAUGAUUCUGAGGUGGUCUAUAGUCCUUCUCAAUGUGCUGAUUUGCUGGAUGAUGGCCAUAUCUUGUUUUUUUAUAAUGAUGCCUUAUAACCUAACAGCUGGUCCUCAACUCAGUGUAAAUUCUUACUUUAAAACUGCUUUGCAACAUCAUUUAGGUAAUUUUAAUGCUGCCCAUUUGAAUUGUCAGAGUAUUAAGCCUUCUGCAAAUUGUUCCAAGUUUGAUGAGUUAAAUGCUCUAUUGACUGAUGGUUUUUUUGAUGUUUUUGCUGUUACUGAAACGUGGUUAAAACCAUACAUAACAUGUCGUGCGGUUGAAAUUCCUGGAUUCAAUAUUUGUAGAAAUGAUAGAUUGAAUUCUAGAGGUGGUGGAGUUGCGCUAUAUAUUUCCAGUGGAAUUAAGUAUAGAAAAGUGUUUAAAACUUCAGAACUUGGAAUAUGUGAGUCGUUAUUUGUUGAAUUGUACCUUAACAAUACAGUAUUUCUAUUUGGAGUUGUUUACUUACCACAUGGUGAUAUCUGUUCUUUUGAAUAUUUUCAUCAUGACCUUUUUUUGAGUUAUAAUAAUAUCAUUAUUGUGGGGGAUUAUAACUGCAAUUUGUUUGAUACUGUGAAAUCUAAUUAUAUGAGAUCUUUGUGCUUUAGACUUAAUUUGGCUAUUGUUCAUAAUUCAAAACCAACACACUAUGAUAUUGCUCAUGGAUCAACAUCACUUAUUGACUAUUGGUUGGUUAGUGAUUUUUCUAUGGUAUGUCUCUCAGACCAAAUUCGUUGUCCAUCUAUAUCGCACCAUGAAUUUCUGUUUGCGUCUUUUGUGAUGAAAAUUGAGAAAUCUAAGGAAUAUGUAGAAUUCCAUGAUUUUAAAUCAAUAGAAUGGGAUAAUUUACUUGGUCUCCUAUCUAACUUUGACUGUUCUCAUUUUUACAGUGGUGAUGUUGAUGACCAAUGUUAUAGCCUUACUUCUCUAUUAAACUUACUUUUUUCUUGUGUUCCGGUAGUUAAAAAGAGAAUUUGUCGUAAAAACAUAAAUUGGAUGAAAUGUAAAGAAAUUCUAUUUGCCCAAAGUCUUAGGGACCUUGCGUAUAGAGCCUAUUUGUCUGAUCGCUCAGAUAGUAACUGGAGAGUUUUCUGUAAGCUUCGGAAUAAGGCCAAGAAUGUUAUUCGUAGAGUAAAGAGGUUACAUUUUUCUAAAGUUUUUUGGGGGCUUGAUUCAUCUGCUCUUUGGACGGUUCUUAGGGGUGCUGGCUGUGUUGGGAUUGAUUCAAUGACAUAUGAAGGUGAUAUUAAUGAAUUAAAUGAUUUCUUUGUUUCGGGUAACAGUACAAAUUC